AUGAAGCUCCUACUGCUAUCUAUCUUCCUGGUGACUCUGGCCUCGGCCCAGCAGUACACGACCAAAUAUGACAACAUCAACCUGGACGAGAUUCUGUCCAACAAGAAAGUCCUUAAUGGGUACUUGAACUGUGUUUUGGAUAAGGGAAGGUGUUCUGUUGAUGGAAAGGAACUAAAAUCUCAUAUAGCAGACGCCCUUCGCACCGGGUGCAAGAAAUGUACCGAGCCCCAAAAGCGAGGUACAACAAAGGUUAUCAGGCAUCUCAUCAAGUACGAAAAGGAAGCCUGGGUCAGCCUUCAGAAGAAAUACGACCCUGCCGGCACUUACGCUAAGAAAUAUGAGAGAGAACUCAAAGGAAUAUAGACCGUAUUAUAAAGGACUAGAAAAUCUCGUUUAAAUUGUCUAUAAAUCUUAAAACUUGGAUAGUUUGAAAUAUUUAUAGAUGUAAUAUAGAUUAUACGCAUUUCCGAAUCCGCAUAUAUAGAACUUAUACUGCAGUAAAAAACAAUCAAGAUUUAUAUUAUUGACUGAAAUUUUAAAAAUAUGCAUCACUAGACACAGUAUUUACAAUAAUAUUAACCUACAU